AUGAGGAUGAGAGCCGCGUUUAGAUUCUCCAUCUCGCCGCCACAGCUGAAACACCACCGUGGCCGCUUCUUCUCCGCCGCAUCCACCGGCAGCUACUCUCCACUCAUCAACCACCGUUACUGGUCCGGCCUCCCUUGCUGGCGGCGCAGCCCAAUCAACAACGAGCGCUACUGGGGCCCUAAUGGCCCAAUUCAGGAGCCUAGCGAAACACAAGUCAUACCAGCUGAUAUUGGCUCUUGCUCUUCAUUAGCAGAAAUGGGUAGUGUUGUUCUCUCCACUGCGGAUCCUCUCGCGAAAGCUAAGCUCUCGCACUUGGCCUAUUCGAAAUGGCGCCGAGAGGGUCUGCCUGUUGGAGUUUCCGAUGCUCCUUCUAGUCCCGCCCGCCCCUGCAAACCCCAAUUGGUUUCCCCUAAGGAAAUCCCAUCUCCAAAGAAUUCCGGCUUGCCUCUAAAUGCCUACAUGCUUCAUAAUCUGGCCCACGUGGAGCUUAAUGCAAUUGAUCUAGCCUGGGAUACUGUUGUUCGGUUUUCUCCGCACACUGAGCUUCUUGGCGAAGAGUUCUUUGCUGAUUUUGCUCAUGUAGCUGAUGAUGAAAGUCGCCAUUUUACUUGGUGUUCACAGAGACUCGGGGAGCUUGGGUUCAGAUAUGGUGACAUGCCGGCUCAUAGUUUCCUAUGGAGGGAGUGUGAGAAGUCAUCGGACAAUGUUUCUGCCCGGCUUGCCGUUAUACCAUUGGUUCAGGAGGCUAGAGGACUGGAUGCCGGACCUCGGCUGGUCAACAAGCUGAUCGGCUUUGGAGAUCAAAGGACAUCAAACAUUGUAGCUAAGAUAGCUGAUGAAGAAGUAGCACAUGUGGCGGUUGGUGUUUACUGGUUUGUAUCGGUUUGCCAGAAAAUGGGUCGAGAGCCUGAUUCUACAUUCAGAGAUAUACUGAAAGAGUAUAAAGUGGAGCUUAAAGGUCCUUUCAACUAUUCUGCUCGAGCGGAAGCUGGUAUUCCACGGGAUUGGUAUGAUAAUUCCACGUCCACAGCUAGGCAAGAAAACAACCUUUCUGAGGUAUACGACAGACUUGCAUGCAUUGUUGCUAUGGAACAAGAAAAUUCAAGUAUGGGAAAGUCGACCUAA